AUGAUUGUGAAUACCCUUCUGAAAAAUAACACUAUCUCUUUUAGCGAGUGCAUGAUCCAAGUCUUUUCAUUCCAUUUCUUUGGCUGCCUGGAGAUCUUCAUCCUUAUCCUCAUAGCUGUUGACCACUAUGUGGUCAUCUGUAAACCCCCGCACUACAUGAGCAUCAUGAACCGGCGGAUCUGCAGCGUGUGGGUAGCUACAGGCUGGGUAGCGUCCUGUGUGCAUUCUUCAGUUCAGAUUUUUCUGACCUUGAGUUUACCUUUCUGUGGUCCCGAAGUGAUUGAUUGCUAUUUAUGUGACUUGCAGCCCUUGCUGAAACUUGCCUGUACAGACACCUAUGUGACCAACCUACUAUUGGUGUCCAAUAGUGGGGCCAUUUGCACAGCAAGUUUUGUCAUGCUGAUGUUCUCCUAUGGUAUCAUCUUGCAUUCUCUGAGAAACCACAGUGCUGAAGGGAGGAAAAAAGCCCUUUCUACCUGCACCUCCCCUGUCAUCAUAGUCAUCUUAUUCUUUGGUUCUUGUACAUUUAUAUACACACGCCCCACAGCCACCUUCCCCAUGGAUAAAAUGAUAGCUGUGAUUUAUACAAUCAGAACACCUUUGAUUAACCCUCUGAUUUAUAUGCUGAGAAAUGCUGAGGUGAAAAAUGCCAUGAGGAAGUCACGGAGCAAGGAACUUAUUUCAGAUGACCAAAGAUGA